CACUAAAAAAAAAUACGCACGGCUUUGGAUCAAAAAUAGAUGACAAAUCUUAAUGACAGGUGUAAACCGGGUCGACACACCUGUUUUUCCGAUCGAGAAAAAAUUAUAAAAUUGAUAAGUAUAUUGCGCAAAUUGAGUCGUUGUUACAUACGUCCACAGCACAUCAACCAUUUAACAUUGAAAAACUCUAACGUACUGCCGAUAUCGACGACAUGGAAAACAAAGUAAAUUCAAGCAACCCCUCAGAUGACGAAACAUUUUGUUUCAACAUAUUUCAUCGUGUUUCGCGUAGCUUCGCCUUUGUGACGGAAGUACUGGAGGAACCAUUGCGCACAACAGUUUCCAUCUUCUAUUUAAUUUUAAGAGGUUUGGAUACCAUUGAGGAUGACCUAAUAGAGGAAACAAUGAAAGCGAAAGCAAUAGAAUCCUUUACAACAAUCUUCAAUGAACGGCCUAGUCGCCCAGAUGUUUGCCAGUUACGCUUCCGACCCGAGUGCAAUCAAUCAUAUGUUGAGUUAAUGGAAAAUUUUGAUAAAGUUUUAAACGUCUUCUUCAGCAGAUGCACGUCAGACGCUAAAAAAAUAAUCCGGGACAUAGUGAACGAAAUGGCCGGUGGAAUGAUAAAGUACUCCGCUCAAUCAAUCGACACCUUGAAAGAUUACAACGAAUAUUGUUACUACGUUGCCGGACUCGUGGGUAUUGGACUGACAAAUUUGUUUCAUUUGAAUGGCGAAUUUCGUAUGGAAGAAAUGUGCCGGGCUCGUCUAAAACACCUUGCCAUUUCAACUGGCUCAUUUUUACAGAAAGUGAAUAUUUUGCGUGACAUCUAUGAAGAUUUGAACCAACCAUCAGGACGUAGUUUCUAUCCGGCAGAAGUAUGGAAGAAUUAUGUGAAAAGUGCUCGAGAUCUAAUUGAUGAAAACUAUCGCGUAGAAGCAAUUGCCUGCCUCAAUUACCUGAUCAAUGAUGCCUUCCAACAUCUACCAGAUUCCAUUGAGUACAUGUCGCGUGUCACAGACAAGGGCAUAUUUCGAUUUAUUGCCAUUCCCCAAUGCAUAGCGGUGGCUACUUUGGAAAAAAUGUUCAACAAUCCGGCAGUUUUCAGUUCGAAUGUCAAAAUUGGUAGGACAGAGAAGGAAAAUAUAUUUGAAAAUGUGGUCGACAUGAAGAGCUGUUUAAGUGUGAUUGGGUCGUGCCUGGACACAUUUUCGACGCGACUUGACUUUGUAACUGGUUCAUGUUCAAAAAAUUGGAUUUUCGAAAGUGUUAAUUUUGUCUCCAAUUAUAAAAUUUAAUGAAAAAAAAAGAGUCAGAGCAAAAAUGUAACUCUUGAUUUUUACCCUCUUGUUGUCUAGUAGCGAUUUGCUCUUCACUAAACAUGAUGCACAUAAUGUUGCAAUAUAAAAUUUGAUUAUUUUUUUUUAACAAGACAAAUACAACGACUACACCUGCGAAUUUUCCAUUACAGUCUAGUAUCGUGAUGAUGAUCUGACGUUCUGAUGUUUUUGAAAGUUUUGAAAAUUUGCAUGUUCAAACCUAACAAAAAAAGUUGCGAAUUUUAAAGAUUAUGGAAAAAUGUCGAAGGUAUUGUGCGUCACUACGAAUAUUUUGUUCCUCAAUUAGGCUCUCGCAUACGAAUUUAUUUCAAUUCCAUAUACAAAUAGCAACUAAAAAUUAUUCUACACUAUGCCAAAAAAUGUUUUUUUUUUUUUAAAGUUGAUUAAAAGUGACGAAUUUAAAUAACAAAAUUUAAAGUGUCAAAUUCUAAAAUUUAAAGGACAUUUGGUUUGAGUCAUUGCUAAAAUUCCUGAUACUUUUACAUGUAAAUUGUAACAGCUUCAUGUGAAUAAUUAAGAUGGCGCACUGGUCGCAUGUUGACGAAUGUUGGUAAUUCUGCUAGCUUUACCAAUACUUUUUACAAUUAAAAAACAAAUAAGCAAAAUUUUGAUGUAUGAUGGAAUAUAAAAACGCUAAAAAUAAUAUUCGACAUCCAAAUAAAAUAUAAAAAUUUUUAGGAGAGAA